GUUGCAUUUACUGUUCCGCUACGUUUUUAUUCCUACAACUUUAUUUAUAGCCUAGUGAAAAUAACCUACAGAUCGAUAUAUCAUAAUGGAAAACUCCUAUUUUUAACAGGUCAUCCAAAUCUAACUAAAAAUAUAUUUGACACAUUGAUUGUAUUUCAUUUUAGGACCCUGAAGAAAUACAAACCCGCGUGUGUCAGAUUACUGUACUGUUGCCAACAUGCCAUGAUGAUGUAUCCGUUCUGUAAUAUCGCUUCCUGCAUCUACUGGCUAAGAGGUUUUUGGCGUUGUACACUGUUUUUAUCAGAUACCUUUAAUUGCUUCCAUUGUUACAUUAUUUUGGCUGUGUAAUGGGUAGGAUAGCCUAUAUUUCCCCAGCCUCAUGGCGACCUACCUUGGUUUGCUAAUCAUUCUGCAGGCUAUAUCCCACCGCGCCUCCUACACACUACACAGCAUCAUGACUGCAACUCAAUGCGCUACGUCCAUACUAAUCAUAAGCACCAGAUAAUAAAAAACAUUGAUUGGAUACAAUGACGACAGCAGACCUCCCCUGCCAGUGUGUAGACAUGGUUGACAGAAUAGGGUAAAGGAAGAAAGAGAGACACUCAGUAGUGCAAGGCAGAUUACACAGCUGGUGUUUUUAUUAUAAUGCUUUAAACACACAGACAUGCAGUCACACACACACCCACAGAGAGAGACUUUAGGAAGUCUAUUAUUGUGUAGUGCGUGGAUCAGAAAUAGCCUUGUAGGCCCCUGGUUGACUGCGACCCAGCCUUCCUCUCCUCUUGGCCCUGUCAAUCACUUUUCAAAACAAGAUGGCAGACUGGGCAAGCUGGGGGCUUAUUUUAACAGUGUGUGUGGCCUGUAUCUUGGUGGUCAAGACAGACAUCAAGGUGAAUACCCCGAUGGGACAGCUGUUUGUGUUCGAGCUGCAGAGGGAGAUCUUCCAGAAUGAUUUCGAACCUUUCCUGCAUCAUUACGCAGGAAAAGUCUACAAUGAUCCCAUGCUGUUUAAGUGCAAUAAGCAGGCCUUCCCAGACCUGCCGGGUUGGCUGCGCUUUACCCAGAGGCAUCCUUAUGAUAACGGCUUCCUCUACGGCACCCCGCUGGUCCAGGAGAAGACUAUUAUUGAGAUCACAGUAAUUAACAAGCGGAGCUACGACACGUUUAGAGACCGACUGAUCAUAAGAAUUGAUCCACCAGAGAAGAGAUUGCCCUAUCAGGCUGAGUUCUUCAUCCCACUGAGGGAGAUUGAGAAGGUGCUGCCCUCUGCAGUCCAGGAAGAAAUCCGUCAGGAUUUGAAGAGGAUUUGGAAGACAGACCAGCUAACAUUUGUCAACAUCACGUCUGCUUUGGACCGAGGUGGCCGUGUCCCCCUGCCUCUGGCCGGACACUUUGAGGGGGUGUAUGUGAAGGUGGGUUCUGACCAGCGCUUCUCUGAGUGUUUGUUGAGGCUUCAGACUGCCGAGCACAAGAGGCAGUGCGAGGCUGGAGGCAGGGUCCCCGGGAACUGCGCGGUCUGCUCCUACCCGAGCAACUGCGUCACCUGGUGCAAUUCCACACUGAUUGAUGUAUCCAGCCCCGUGGCCUUCUCUCCCGCCCCCACCAUGGGCCCUGGUAUCCUGGAUGCUGAAGGCGUUUACGAUCCUCCAGAGUCCCCACCGCCCAGAGACUUCCUGCCAGACUACAUAGUGACUGUGAUCGUCCCCUUGGUCCUGGCCAUCAUCCUGUGUCUCCUUCUCUCCUACAUCAUGUGCUGCAGACGAGAGGGAGUGGAGAAAAGGGAUUCGAAAACACCAGAUAUUCAGCUGUACCACCACCACACCAUACACGGUAACACCACGGAACUGCGGAGCAUGGCUGCUGGUCGUGGGGUCCCCCCUCCCCUCUCCACACGGUCCAUGUUCAAUGCCCGCACUGGGGAGACAGCUCCGCCCUUUCAGACUGACAGCCCCAGCAUCCCCCUCAUCCUGGCCCAGCAGGAAAUCAACACUGACACAUUACCCAGGAAUUGAAGCCAUACAGACAGGAAAUAGCAGUGUUCUACUAAUAUUGUGGUUUUGCUGUGGGAUGUUUAAGAGGUUUUUGCUUCACUAAAUCCUAUCUUCAUAGAUUUCAUUAUAAUUUUUUCCUCUGGUUGUGAAUAUUUACAAGCGACUAUGUGUAGAAUCACUGUUACCACUGAUUUUGUUUCAUAAUCUAUUAUUAUAAUAUGUUAUAACCUUUAUUGGAGUCUUCGGUCUGCCAUGCACCUAGAUUCUAUUUUGUACACACAUUAACCUAGAUUGAAUUGAAUGUUUUCCUUUAUAAAACCUCUAAACAACUGUAUUUUCUAUUUUUUUUUUUUUUGUAUUACUGGUACGUACAUCGGUAAAUGCACUGUUUAAUUGUCAUGUAGAAAUUAAUAAUAAUCAUGCCAUAAUAUCGGUCAGUUGAUUGCCUUGUCAGAUUAGUGUAGCCAACAUGCCUAAUACUACUUACCAUAUCAUAGAAAAUAAUUUAGGGACACAAUUACAGUAAAGUAGGUUACAACAAACGAACAGGUGAAACACGCUUAGAACCAGGCAGCAUCGACUUUCAUCCACUUGAUCCAAAUCGUCUUUAUGAAGACAUCCUUAAAAAAAUUCAGUAACUCUGUCGAACUGUCAUUUGAUCAUAUUCAAAACAAAAACACCGAUGAUCCUUAAGGGGAAUUGUAGUAGCCAAGGGUAGCAAAGAAUCCACACGUUUCAGCCUGUCUUCGUUUUGUUGCUGCACUCGUGAAAGUGCUGCUCCAAGCCAUGCCACGCGGCACUCUUCUGCAAUAAAAUUGGACAGCUUUUAGUCUACGGCAGAAAUGAAACACGUAGACCUGCGGCAUUAGGUAGGGAACAGUUUGUAGCCCGCACAUUGGCCCAUCCUACAAUUAAGAACUAUUCCACGGAAUUCCACAAGGGGUCGGCACACGGCGGUGAUACGUCUCAGAAGCUUCGAUCAAAACGUGUAGCUGACUGCGAAUGGAAAUGUAGGCUAUGCCAAAUUUGGAGCAAGUUAUUAGAAAAUGUUUUGGUUUGUUUCAACUUACUACGCUAGUUUACGCUUAAGGGCACUCAUCCAAAUAGGCCUUAUAAAUCUGUGUCCAGCAAGAGGCAGGUAACAUCAAAUCAAUAUCCCAGGUAGAUCCAAGAAGAGCAAGGGGCUUAGCCCCCUCAGUUUUAUUUUCUGCCCCUCCCAGUUAAAAUGUUAAAUACUCUAUAGAAAAAAAAAAAGAA